AAUUUUUAUCUUCUACCAUGCAGGAAAUGAACACAUUGUACAGGUUUUGGUCAUAUUUCCUUAGAAACAUCUUUGUCCCCUCUAUGUACAAUGAAUUCCGGAAAUUGGCAAUGGAAGAUGCAACUGCUAAUUAUAAUUAUGGAGUAGAAUGCCUUUUCAGGUUCUAUAGUUAUGGAUUGGAGAAGGAAUUCAGAGAGGACCUCUACCAGGACUUUGAGCAGCUGACCCUUGAUUUCUACAGUAAAGGAAAUCUUUAUGGCCUUGAAAAAUAUUGGUAACUAUACAUGUUCAUUGAAUGUGCUUUUUGUUUUUGAUUGCC